GUCUCAAGUUAAAUCAUGGAUCCCCGUACCAGUGCCCAGGACGUGAUGCGAUGUGACCUGUGUGAGACCGCUGUGACAACACAGAAAUCACCAGAAGCUGGAUCCUCUCCUCCAGUCAAACAGCUGCUUGAUGAACCAGAGACUGUCACCACCAUAAACACUGGGUAUGAUAGACUUUACAAUGUGGCCUGUCUGAGUGAUGAAGAAAUCUGGACAAGUGGAAAUGACAGCACCAUGAAACUCUACAGCAUCAAUCAGGGAUCACUAUUCACAAUCAAGAGAAUUUUAAUUUAUAAUAAGUCAAUUAGAACCAAGUCAGGCAACACACCAUAUGACAUAGCAGUGACAAAAAGUGGAGAUCUAGUUUAUACUGAUUUCUUGGAUAGAACUGUGAACAUUGUGAAGAAUGAGAAGAUAGAGGAGGUGAUCAGACUACAGAACUGGAGACCUCUUUGUGUCUGUAGUACCUCCUCUGGUGACCUCCUGGUUAUCAUGGACAGUGAUAACAAACAAUCAAAAGUUGUCCGCUACUCUGGCUCCACAGAGAAACAAACCAUUCAGUUUGAUGAUCAAGGUAACCCUCUCUAUUCAUCUGGCCUUUAUAAGAGAGACAUAACUGAGAACAGGAACCUGGAUAUCUGUGUGUCUGAUGAGGGAGCUAAAGCAGUAGUGGUGGUCAAUCAGGCCGGGAAACUGAGAUUCAGGUACACUGGACAUACUCCUGCUCCAAAGAACAAACCAUUCAUUCCACAAGGAAUCACUACAGACAGUCAGAGUCACAUCCUUACAGCUGAUUAUUACAAUGACUGUGUCCACAUCAUAGACCAGGAUGGACAGUUCCUUCGUUACAUAGACUGUGGACUGAGUUAUCCCUGUGAACUGUGUAUAGAUACAAAUGACAAUCUGUUUGUUGCUCAAUUAGGAAACAGACAAAUCUAUUUAUAUUUCAGAGUAACAAGUUUAAUCAUGGACCCCCGUACCAGUGCCCAGGACGUGAUGCGAUGUGACCUGUGUGAGACCGCUGUGGUACAGAUGCACUGUGAUACAUGUCUUGUCAACCUGUGUACAGCUUGUGUUGGAAAACACAUGACAUCUGAUGAAUCCAAGGACCACAAAAUCGUGAAAUUUCAGGCCAGAAAAUCCACUCCCCUCUAUCCUGCAUGUACAUCUCAUUCCAAAGACCUAAGUACAAUGUACUGCAACCAAUGUGACAUUCCUGUUUGUCCUAAAUGCAUUGCAUCCGGUAAACAUCAAGGUCAUAAAGUAUCAGAAAUCUUAGAAGUUGUGAAUGAAAGAAAGAAUAAAUUUGUCAAAGAACGAAAUGAACUAAAUGAUACAAUUUACCCAACCUACCAGGACAUUGCCUCUGAUGUACAAAACAGAAUGAGUCAGUUAGAAAAGGAAUAUGGAGAUCUCUCAACAGCCAUAACAAAACAUGGAGAGGACUGGCACAGAGAAAUUGACAAACUUGUCAAGAAACUUAAAGCUGAAGUUGAUGAGAUGAAAAACACACAGUUACAAACUCUACAGAAACAUCUGGAUGAAAUAAACAAGACAAUGUCUGACAUCAAGGAUGAAAUUGAUUCAGUCGAAAUGUCUACUGAUACAAAUGAUUUGUCAAAACUACUUGGUGUCACAUCCAAUGCAGAUAGAUACAAAAAUCUUCCACACAAAUUAGCACCAUCUCUACCUAAAUUCAUUCAAGGAAAAAUCCAAGGAGAAGAACUUUGUAAAUCAUUUGGAAUCUUGUCAUCAGGUUCUUUAACUUCAGAUAAACAUGGCUACAGCAUGAAGACAACACAGAAAUCACCAGAAGCUGGAUCCUCUCCUCCAGUCAAACAGCUGCUUGAUGAACCAGAGACUGUCACCACCAUAGACACUGGGUAUGUAACCCUAUACAAUGUGGCCUGUCUGAGUGAUGAAGAAAUCUGGACAAGUGGACAUGAAAAAACCAUGAAACUCUACAGCAUCAAUCAGGGAUCACUACUCAAGUCAAUCACAACCAAGUCAGGGAACACACCAUAUGACAUAGCAGUGACAAAAAGUGGAGAUCUAGUUUAUACUGAUUACAAUGAUAGAACUGUGAACAUUGUGAUGAAUGAGAAGAUAGAGGAGGUGAUCAGACUACAGAACUGGAAACCUGAAGGUGUCUGUAGUACCUCCUCUGGUGACCUCCUGGUUAUCAUGUACAGUGAUGAUUACAAACAAACAAAAGUUGUCCGUUACUCUGGCUCCACAGAGAAACAAACCAUUCAGUUUGAUGAUAAAGGUAAACCUCUCUAUUCAUCUGGUCUUUCUGACAGAUACAUAACAGAGAACAGGAACCUGGAUAUCUGUGUGUCUGACUGUGGAGCUAGAGCAGUAGUGGUGGUCAAUCAGGCUGGGAAACUGAGAUUCAGGUACACUGGACAUACUCCUGCUCCAAAGAACAAACCAUUCAAUCCAGUAGGAAUCACCACAGACAGUCAGAGUCACAUCCUUACAGCUGACUCUAACAAUGCCUGUGUCCACAUCAUAGACCAGGAUGGACAGUUCCUCCGUUAUAUAGACUGUGGACUGAGUGAACCCCAGGGACUGUGUACAGAUACAAAUGACAAUCUGUUUGUUGCUCAAUUAAAAAACAGACAAGUGAAGAAAAUCAAAUAUCUGCAGUAAAACUCAACACAGUAUAGA